AUGAACCCAGCUGAAGAAGCCAUGGAUAAAGAGAGAGAGUGGGAGAUGAGGCCUGGUGGUAUGUUGGUUCAGAAGAGAGAGAAUGGUUUUGAUGAUGAUGGUGAUGAUAAUAAUAAUCUUCCUUUCUACAAGAUCAAGGUUGUUUAUGGCUCUUCUUCCUACGAAUUCGCCCUCCCUUGCAAAUUCACUUUUGGUGAGAUGAAGAAACUUCUUGUUCAAGAAACUGGGUUAGAGCCUGAGGACCAAAGGCUGUUCUUCCGUGGGAGGGAGAAGGAAGAUGGUGAGACUUUACUUAUGGCAGGUUUAAAGGACCACUCAAAGUUGUUGCUUAUGGAGCGUCCUGCUAGCAAGGAGAAAAAAAUGGAGGAGGCAAAAAAGAAAGAAGAAAUAUCAAAGGCAUUUGCUGCAAUUGCUGGAGUUCGGGCAGAGGUGGAUAAACUUUCUCAGAGGGUCUCAUCCUUGGAAGCAUCUCUUUAUAAUGGAACAAAGGUAGAUGAAAAAGAAUAUAUCAUCUUGACAGAGUUGUUUAUGGUUCAAUUGCUGAAAUUGGAUAGCAUUGAGGCCGAAGGAGAAGCAAAAACUCAGCGGAAGAAUGAGGUUCGUCGUGUGCAAGGCUUUGUGGAUACACUGGAUGCCAUGAAGGCAAGAAACUCUCAUCCACAUGAUAAUUGCAGCAAUACUGUAGCAGUGACCACCAACUGGGAGACAUUUGAUUCUGGAGUUGGGAGCUUGACUCCACCUUCGGUUUCAUCAUCUUCCAAAGUAACUGAAGACUGGGAGCGGUUUGAAUAGAUUAAUAUUGUCAUAUUUUUUGGUGCCACUUAUUAUGUCAUUAUUGCUUGUACAAUCCAUUAGGGACUUGUGUGAUUAUGAUUUUUUUGCUGGUAAUGGCUCCUCAUCAAUUCAAAGUUGUAUUUAACUCUUUGAAGUAUGGAGUAUGAAAGUUGCAUAUGAAGUUGUUGCCUAAAAUUUUCGAAGACAUUCAUCUAUGUAUAUGAUCACUUAUAAAAUUGUUUACUACUUUGCCUAUUC